UUUGCUAGCUAUGAAGCUUAUCAUUGUUCUCGUGGGUUUCAUCUGCCUACGAGGCAGAAUACAAGCCCAAACCAACAGUCUCAGUUCGACCGUUGCAAGUGCCAUCAGUGUUUCCAACUUCAACUUGAAUAUAACGAUCCAGCAGGUGAACAACACAAUUAAUAGCGCUGACCAAACCAUUUUGACAUCAUGGAACCAAUUCGGCCAAGCUAUAGAAGAUCUAUACGUUUCGUAUUACAAUCGCUUCAAAAACUACACCACUAUGGAUUUGACCCCUAUAACCGACGCUAUCUGCAGCAUGAGAACCACCAUCAGUUACCCUCCCCAGCUAAUGCAGGAUGACUCUGUGAGUCAGGUAUUUUCAACUGUCCAGGAGAGCGCUGAACAGGUCGAAAGCAUUAUCACUGCAGCUGCCACUAGUAUGGCCAAUGCCGCUUGUGUAGCUCCCUGUUCCGCCACAAAACUUGCCACCUGCACAACCAAAUUUGGAGAUAGGCUGACCACAUCCCCGAUCUCCAUAGACCGCAUCACGGAUUGUGUCGCUGCUGAGAAAACCCGCUACACCAACAUCGGGAACAAUAUUGCAGUACAAUAUACCAAGGUCCUCACCAGUGCUAUGAACUAUCUUGCGGUGGUGGAUGUUUGCGAUACUCCGGCACCGGAAGCGCUGAACAACUCAUCCACGAACUAUGGGCCCCCAUCUACGCAAUGCCUGACGAAUUACCUCUACAGAUUUGGCAAUACUCCAAUGUCCACCUUUGUAGCAGAGAGCAUGCGCAUGCCGCAGAUGCAAACAGUUUCAUACCGAAUGCAGCGCUGUGCCAAGCUAGUGGCGCUGGAUAUCAAGGAUCGCGUUGAUAAGAUACUGGAAAGCUUCCACAAUUGCCUGUAAAUUUGAAUGUGCAAAUCGCAUAAAUCAUGCAUG